CGCGCAUAAUUCGUAUCUUGUAUGCUAUCAUCGUUACGUUUGUUGGUCGGAUGCAGCGGAAAUUAGAACAAUUACCUGGUCUUAGUAAUGUGACUGGGAAAUACACAAAAAAGUGUACAGAUGAACCAUACCCUCGUUUGUUUGUACGCAAUACGAGUGAAGGUAGGAAUGAUGUCACAAUCCAAAUGAAUAAAGUCAAGCCAGAAAGUUCGGGAGUUAAUAAUCCUGAUGUCUCAUCUCCUGUAUGGCCUUCGAAUGCCGCAAAGUCUUCAACCAUGCAACCCCGAUCGGACUUCGCUAAUAGCUCUGAUUACUUACCAGUGAAUCAUAAAUGUCCGAACAUUCAUGUCGCCAAACCUCAGUAUGUAACUCCGAAAUCGUCAACACCACACCAAUCUUUGAUAUCUAGUGGACCAACCAUGUCUUCAGGAGGAAAGGUGAGGCCUCAGAAAUCAAAUAUUCCUGUUAAGCCACAAGAUAUACAACGUACCAAACGAUAUAUGAAAGAAGUAGUGAAAUCGUCAUCAUCAGGAAGUGUGUCCGCACUUCAGUCUAAACCCACAGGUGUGAUAAUAGCCACUCCAUGUUCUCCACAGGUUAAUGAACAGGGUCUCACCAGGUCAUUUGAUAGUUUUUCUGUGAGUGGAAGAGUGGCUUCAUCUAGUUCAUUUUCUGGAAGUGAAGAAUCAUUUCAUACAGUCUCUGAAAUGGCGUCGUUUUUGAAUGGGAAAGAUUUUAGUCAAAGAUUGUUACCUAGUCCAUGCAAUGUAUCAGGUUAUUCUUAUGAGACAGAGGACAGGAUUGCUUCAACAAGAGAACAUUCACGUGAUCGAUCGUCCAAUACUCAGCCACCAAAUUUACUGAAUGUUACGAAGAACUCACCUGGAGGUGCUAACUUUCAGCAGUGUUGUAAGAGAUUCUCAGAUGAUCAGGAGACUUACCCGCUAGGAGAUGAACAGUUAUGCAAUAGAAUAGGUCGGAUAAAUCUCUUGGAUAAUGGACCGGCUGUUUCACCUAUGCGUAUCGGCAACGACUCAUCAUUCCAGUCCACAGAACGACAUAUUUCGUACUCUGGCAGUCAGGAAAAAGAAGAUACGAGUGAAAUUAAGAGAAAACCCAUAAUACAACUCUAUGGUCUUCAACCGAGGCACGCCUCAUGGAAUGUUGGUUUUUCAAAUAUAGCUGGAUUACCAGAUGCUCGAAUGCCGGGUUCACAGUUCACGCAAAACGCUUUGGAACAUUACUUGUCAGACUUGGUAGCAGAUGAGCAGAGAAUGAUGGCAAGUAGUCCUUGUACGGGUUUGGCGCAUGGUUAUUGCGAAACAACGUCUGGUUGUGUGAAUCCCUCAGUUUCUCCAAAAUCUGGUGAGACUGAGAAGAAAAUGUGCUCUACAGAUUUAUUACAGUUUUUGGAGCAACGCAUUGAAAAUGCUUUGAGGAAUGUGACGUCUAUGGACUCAAAACCAUACCCUUAUCAUAGUACACAAAAUCGGAUGCGCCCCAAUAGAAGUGCUUCCUUAAAUCCAGUUUGCGAACCUCGAGUAAAAGGUGUUGAGUCACCGUCAAUGGCUGGGAACCUCUUUCAAAAUCAACCGACGUUUGAAAAUAAUGAUUCACAACAGGUUUAUUACAACGGAAACUCUGGUACGCCUCUAAAUAGACAACACAUUAGUUCUUAUUCAGAUGAACGCCCGAGCCAAACUUACGCAGAAAGCAAUGUGCUUCAGCAAUUUAAUUUCGAUGAGUUGCAGUAUCUUCUUAAAGCUGUCAGAGAUUUGCUGGUGUUACGCACUUCUUCUGCAUACACAAAUGUUUCACUGGGACAAGAUGGAUCUAAAAUGACUGAACUAGAUAAACCACGAAAGCAUGGUAAAACUGAACGAAAUGAAACAUGUGCGGUGUCAAACAGAGAUGAUCAGAGUAUGUGUACGGAGUCACCAUAUAUAGCUAGAUCAUUAUCAAGCAGUCGUAGUAGCAGUGCUGUGAGAAACAAUCGCUUUGAGACGACGUCAGAAUCUCGAGGUAGCCGAUUGAGUUCCGGAAUAUCCGAAGACGGUAGCCAUUCAAAUGCUGAUUUAAUGCACCAGCGUCUACCCAUAGGUUUCCAGCAUUUUGAGCGGUAUUUGGAUAGUAAAUUUGGCCCAGACCACCCAACUAACAACGCUUUCACAAACAGUUCGGAUGUUCAGUUAAAACCUGAGUCAUGUGUGAAAACAAUACAAACGAGUUCAGGACAUUCCCUCUCAGCAUUGUCGGGAAAUUCAUCUGACCACAAUUCACACAUGUUAACUAAACAAAAAUCACACAGUUCCAUUCCAAUGAAUUUAGGAACUACUCAAACAGGUAUUAUUACCAUCAACAAGGCUGAAGAAACCGUCAAUCGCUCUUCUACAACACUCGUUUCGCAACACCCCAGUAAUUUAAACGAAGUUUCCUGUCCAGUGUAUACGAACUUGCAGUCUGAUUAUUCAGGACAAACAGAGUGGAAUUUAGAUGAAAAACUAACAAUGACUAGUGAAUCUUGUACUUCAACAUCUAACCAACCUGGUUUGGUCACACAUUCACAUAACAGUGGAUACGUAUCUGUUCCCCUCAUAAAUCACUCAACCUCUUCUCAUACUGGAAACGCAGAUGGUAAUACUAAUCAUAUGAAUUACUGCACAGAGUCAAAUAACAUAUAUGCUCCCGAUCUUCAACAGGGACAAGCAACUUCUUGGCCACCGAAUUGGUAUCAGUGGUACAUUUCUUCUCACAUGUUUCCACAAAGGCAUCCAUCAUAUUCACAAUUUCCCUAUCACCAUUACUAUUAUCCACACCUGAAACAACAACAACAAUUCGGUCUUGAUCAUACAGUUUUUUCACAACGCAUGAAUCGUUUAGUCACGCCUUUAUCUUAUGUGAUGAAUUCUCCUCCAAACUAUUCUCCAUCGGGGCAUUUUUGCUGCAUGGAUCCAAGCCAUGGACACGUAUACGAAGGCAAUUGUACAUCCCCUUUGACUGAAAGUUGCCAUUUCGUCUCCUAUGAUCCACAGACUACAGAAAACCCACUACAAGCAACAGCAGCAGGUGGUCUAUGCUCAUGUGCAAAUCCUGAUGGAAUCAAACGAUUUGCUAAUAUAAACUACACCUAUUCGGAUAGAAUCCCAACAAAUUCUUAUGCAGCUUAUAGACCAUCAGGUGUGUAUUCACCUCCACCUGGUUAUCCUUGGUUUCCUUGCAUGAACGCUGUUCGCUGGGAUCCAUUUUCUUAUAGUAACAACAAUAACCUAGAAAACUACAAUUGGAAUGCUUAUUUUCAACGUCCGACUUAUGGACGAUUUGCAAAUUGUAUGCCUCGUUCUGGUAGUGCAAAUGCGGGAUUUACAUAUUCGUCUGAAACAGAUAAUUUAUCAAGUCAUACAUCUGAACGUGGAGCAGCUUCAGAACUUGAUAGAUUUAAACAAAAUAGCAAUCGUUGUGAGCAUUAUUAUGCAGUUAAUCCAAGUAACCAGGUAUUUAUACUGUCAGAUCAAACAAAUGAUGCACAAAGCUUCUUUCAUCACAAUAAUAAUAAUGGUAACGUUUUACAGUCACCGGCUUUACGCUCAAUGACUAAUUCGUUUAGUGCCAAUGAUUUAGCCGCUUAUCAUAAUCAAAGUAGAAUAGGAAUGAGAUAUACUAAGUCAAGUUUUGAUUUAGCUCCAGAAUUACCCGUUGAACCGGGAUUAGCUUUAAUGGAUCAUUCUAAUUUCUAUUCAAAAAUUUCAUCAUUAAUUGAAAUGGACAACAAUAGUCGUUUAAUUUUACCGAAUGGAUGGUCUGAAAGACGAUCAGGUCUUGGUCGAUCAUAUUAUACAUGUGAUUCAACCAGACGAUCCACAUGGAAUCAUCCACUUAUUGGACCGUAUGUACCACUGGGAUGGGAACGUGUUGAUUCAAGUCAAUCAGGUGUUUACUAUCAAAAUUUGCUUAUUCCUCACUGUCAACGUCAUCAUCCCAACCUCUGGAUUAAUGCUCCUUUAAAAGAUCCUGAAGUAGAACGUAAAAGUUUUUUUACCGAUCUACGUAAACUACAAUUAUCCCUACGGCAUAAUUUGCUUGCUUGUCACAGUGAAGUGGGUGCAUAUAAAAAUGCUAACUCAGAACAAGAACAAUACUUUAUAAGCCGAUUUCGAUAUUUGAAAUUAGAGUCCCUAAUGGGAAUGAUUUAUGGUUUGGAUCAACUGUUCUACCAAGAUCUUCAUGCUUUAGUGGUAUCCUUCGAACAAGAAAGAAUGUCAGUAGUUUCUCAUAUGUUUGCGAUUCGACCGCCAGAGAAAACCUUCCCCCAGUUUACAGAUCCUUAACUUAACCCUCAUUUAUACAUUAAUCCUUUAAAAUUUGGUAAAAUGUUUGAUUUCUUAUUCAUUCAAUUUUGUACAGAAAUCUGUGUACUAUUUAUUUCUCAACAAAUACAGUAACUAUGGACUCUUUGUAAGAAUAUUCACGGGUUUCAAGUAUUUAGACUUUCAUGUUGACUAACCGGUUAGUUAUAUUAUAGUGAGAUGAAACUUUUAGUAAAACGUUGAAUAUCUGCUUAAAGUUUCAAAUAUAUUCAAUACUCCUACCAUAACUUUGUGUUGGAAACAAUUAUCAGUGGUUAAUUGUAUUCCUUAUGAUUUAUUUCAUCUUAACUUUUCCCUGCAUCUCAGAUUUUAAAUUUAUCGUUCUUAUGAAGGACUUUUCUUCUAAAUCGAAAAGUUAUGAAGUUGUUUCAUUUUCAAUAGUCACCAAAAAUUAUGUUGGUACUGAUUUACCAUGAUUCUCAAAAAAUGUUCAUCAUAGUUCGUCUUCAAGUGGCAUCAGUAUGCUCUGUUCUCAAUACAUGCAUUAACAUGCAAUGAGAAGACACCAAAUAAAAUGUUGACGUCUUUGCAAGUACAUAGUGUAACUACUAGUUGUUUCUAAUCUACAUUUUGAACAUAUGACUCUCAGAAUUAUGGUACACCGACACCUUCGAGUGGUAAGAGAUUGAAGCUAUCAGUGAAUGACGGCAGUCUCUUCACAUAAACUGUUUACAGCCUAUAUGAUUACUUUGGAUCCUAAGGACGCUGAAUGGAACCCACUUUACAGACGUUAUUCAUGUCGACUUGUUAAAAUUAUAUUAUUACUGUGCAACAGCUUCUUGAAC